AUGAAUUUGGAUAUGCUCAUCAUUGGUGAAGCAAGUUACAAAACAAAUUUGUUUCAAGUUAAAAGGUACGUGGUGGUGUAUAUCAAAGAGGCUUCUGAUCAUGUGGAGAGGAAUUAUGAACCAAUCUUUCAAAUUAUUGAUGAGAAGGUGAAAGGUAAGCUAGAUUCUCCUUUGUACGUUGCUGCCUACUCUCUCAAUCUUUUCUAUUGCUACAAAGAUCCGAUUAUAUAUGACUUUGAGGUCAUACAAGCAUUCAUUUCUUGUGGGGAGACUUUGUCUCAUGGUGAUUUCGAAAAGCAAGACUUUGUCGUCAAUAAAGAACUUAGUCUCUACAGAAACAAAUGUGGCUCCUUUGGCAUAAGCUUAGCCAUAAAAGGAUGUGAAAAGAAGGAUGAUAAAUUCGAUCCACAAGAAGAUGUUGUGGACAUGGAGUUUGAACCUGAUGUCUACCAAGAAGAUCCUGUGUUUUAUGAGGCACAACCUGCUUAG